GGGCAACGAACGGCCAAGGCACCUUCCCCGCAAAAUAUCAGUCUGCAUAUUUUGCCGCAAUCCUUGCUGGAGUCGUCGCGUGCAUCGGUGGCUGCGAUAGAUCUACAGCAGUCGAUACGGCUAAUAGCUACAUCUCUUAUUGAAGGGGCUAGUAGGAAAUGAGCUUGUUUUGAUGAUUCGACAUAUCGAUCCUCCUACUUAUGCAUUCAUCCUCGAUCGCGUUUGUUAGGUAUCUACCGAAGUAUGGUACCGUACCAUUCAUCUCCAUGGGCCAAUUCAGAACCCACCCAACUGCCAUGGAUAUAGAAUCUCCGCCAACCGGUAGUAGCCAUGCAUAUGAUCCCCUUAUGCGUGCUCUAUCAUCCGUGUAUAGCUUCACCCGGGCUGGACCCAGACAGUGCGACAAUACUGAGUAUCCCUACUUCAUACCAAGGGCACUACAUAUUUCCUCAGUCUUUCAGCAUCCUCUAGGUCCGAAGCUAGCUAAUCUUCCCGGCCUAUUUGACAUUGGUCAUUUCCCAUCCAAGCUUGCUAUUGACGCCAUCGGGUUAUCCUUUCACAUUCGAGACUUGCUUGCGCUAUCACAAGACCCGACUCCCAUCGGGAUGCCGCAUCUGGCUAGGUUCAAUAGUCGACUGGGGGUUGUCUUUGAGACCAGGGUCAUAAAGGUAUAUUGACGAGCAAGUACAGUACAAGCUUUUCUCCAAGCUGUGCUGGCGGAGCUUGUAAACUCCCUCCAAGCCCGUCUGUUAGUUGCAUUAGGGGCUAGCAGAAGCAAUAA